UGUCAGAAUCACUGAAAAAGGUGGUAGUCGCUCGCGGAACUCGAUCGCACGGCCAUCCUUCGGUGACUCGUGCCGAUAAUGAACGCAAACUAAACUGUCUCGUUGCGAUUUCGUUACGCGAACGACUCUUUCCUAAAAUAAAAAUUUGCCGCGCACAUACGUUUCCACGAACAGACGAAGUUCAACGAACAAAUUUCUAAAGUGGGAACUCGGCUAAUUGCAGUGCAAUACUAUUAAUACCGAAACUCUCUUUUUUAGUGACUUACGUGAUUUUGAAGUGACAAGUAUCGAGACCAAGCAAGAUGGAGAAUCGUUUUCAAAACGACGCACCGAAAAGUGAUGCGAUUGGACAAUUACAACAAAAUAUCAAGAGAUCCUCGAUAUCUAUUAAUGUGGGCGUAAUGUCGGACGUAUUUCCACGACUGGAUCAUUACAGAAUAAGCCGUCGCGCAAAAAGACCAUCUCUGGGCGCUCUACAUAAUGGAGAUGCAGUAAAGGACGCCAAUGCCGUCGAGACCGGACAAGUCGGGAACGUCAGCGAUCAGCAGCAUCACGUCGGAAUAAAAUUAGGAUGGAUCCAAGGCGUUUGCAUACCGUGCCUGCUGAACAUAUGGGGCGUAAUGCUGUUUCUGCGACUCCCGUGGAUAGUCGCGCAGGCCGGCAUACUACAGACCAUCGGCAUUAUCGGACUAUCAUCGUUCAUCUGCUUCAUUACGACGCUUAGCCUCAGCGCAAUUAGCAGUAAUGGGGAAGUAAAGGGAGGUGGAGUAUACUUCAUGAUGUCUCGUUCUCUUGGGUCUGAGUUAGGCACAUCGGUUGGCAUCGUGUUUAUGGUUGCAAACAUUAUAUCAGCUUCUAUGAACACGAUCGGUUUCUGUGAUUCCCUGAACGAUUUAUUAAAAGCAAAUAAUUUGAAGAUCAUAGAUAAUGGCAUAAAUGACGUUAGAAUCGUUGGUAUAAUGGCACUUGUCGUUAUGAGUCUUAUCUGUGCGAUCGGCAUGGAGUGGGAAUCAAAGGCACAAAACUUCCUUAUCGUCAUUAUCAUAGGUGCGAUCCUCAAUUUUGUAAUUGGUACUAUCAUGGGACCACAAACCGAGGAACAAAUAGCGAAAGGUUUCAUAGGGUUUUCUGCGGAUGUAUUUAAAGAGAAUCUCGGAUCGGAUUAUCGGUACUCUGAGAACAAUCUUUUAGACUUCUUCUCAGUGUUUGCUAUCUUCUUCCCAUCGGUCACUGGGAUUCAAGCGGGCGCUAACAUUUCUGGUGAUUUGAAGAAUCCGGCGAGAAACAUACCUUUUGGGACUCUUCUCGCUCUACUGAUCUCUAUGCUUAGUUAUCUAAUGUGCAGCCUUUUUGCCGGCGGUGCGGCUCUCAGAGAUGCAGGUGGUUUUGAGAAUGGCAUUAUUGUAAACUGCACUCCUGGAGUUAACUGCACGUACGGAUUGCACAACAGUUACCAAGUUAUGCAGUUAAUGUCAUUAUGGGCACCGCUAAUGUACGCAGGAUGCUUCGCAGCUACUUUGUCGACGGCGAUGACAAAUGUAUUGUCGGUGCCGAGACUCAUUCAGGCUAUGGGUCGAGAUGGACUUUUUCCCUUUAUUUACCUUAGCAAGGGAUACGGAAAGGCCGGGGAACCCUAUCGAGCAUACGUUCUCACAUUUAUCAUUGCGGCAAUCUUUCUCUUACCCGCCAAUCUCAACGCAGUCGCACCGUACAUCACGAACUUCUUUUUAGCGUCGUACGCUUUAAUGAAUUUAUGCACUUUUCACGCAGAGCUCGUUCGACCUCUCGGAUGGCGGCCUAGUUUUAAAUACUACAAUAUCUGGCAAUCUCUGUUGGGUUUUAUCCUUUGCGUGGUGAUUAUGUUCCUCAUCAAUUGGGAGACGUUACUCAUUACCAUCGUAAUCAUCCUCGUGCUAUAUUUAAUAGUACUUUACUCUAAACCAAACGCGAAUUGGGGCAGCAGCAUGCAGGCACAAGUUUAUCGAACUACAAUUUCCUACGUCCACAAGAUGAAUUCCAUUAACGAACACGUGAAGAAUUAUGCUCCAAAAAUUUUGGCGCUUACUGGUCCACCUGCUGCGAGACCUGCGUUAAUACACUUGGCGAAUCUUAUCACGAAGAAUUCGUUGCUGAUUGUUGGAGAAGUUUUUUCGACACGACUGCCAUAUCGAUUACGCUCCGAACGUAAAAAUACGAGUAUCUCCUGGCUAGAAAAACAAGAUAUAAAAUCAUUCUAUCACUUGUUGGAUGGCUUCAGUUUAGAACGAGGUGCUACUGCGCUGAUGAAGACAGCCGGGAUGGGCAAUUUAACUCCUAAUGUGGUUCUCUUGGGUUAUAAGACCCACUGGUCGACAUGCAGUCAUAGAGAUUUGCAAGAAUAUUUCAAUAUUAUUCACAAUGUUUUCGAUAACAAGUUGGCGGCGGCAAUCUUAAGAAUUCCCGAAGGUUUGGAUUGCUCACAAUCAGUCAUGACAAUCGAUGAAGAGUCGAACGGAGACGAUGAUAACGGAGUUCUUGCACAGAAUAACUAUAAUAAUUUGGCGGGUAAUACUUUGACGCGAUCUGACAGCAAUGAUACCUUCAUGAGCUCACAGAUGACAAUUCCCAGAAUACAAAGCGUAUCAACAAUAGAUACUUCAUUUGUCACACCCGAUACGACAUCUGUGAUUGAACAUUCAACAAUAAAUUGGAAAGCUCAAGAAAAUAUAAAACAGAAGAAAAGACAUGCUAUUGACAAAUUGCUCAAAAGGCGAAAUGGCAGAAUAGCUUCUACUCCAGAAAAUAUAACAAUUUUUCAAAAAGAGCAUAAGAAAGGAACAAUUGAUGUGUGGUGGCUAUAUGACGAUGGAGGUUUGACAAUUCUCCUACCAUAUAUAAUCAACAUGCGCUCAAAUUGGAAGCACUGUAAGAUGAGGUUAUUCGCUCUGACCGACGAUAAGCAAGAUAUCAACACGAAAGAAAAAGAAAUGAUUGAGAUAAUGAACAAAAUACGAAUUGACUACAGAAGCCUGAAAGUAGUAGAUGACACUAGCGUCGAAUUAAAACAAGAAACACAGACUUUGUUUGAUAAAUUAAUAUCCGAUUUUCGAGUAAAUGAUUCUUCCGAAAAUAGUGGAUGCUAUAUUACUGAUAACGAGCUUCACGCUCAACGACAUAAAACGCAUCAGCAAUUGCGAUUGCGACAAUUAUUAUUGGAAAAUUCGAGUCAGUCUACCUUGGUAGUUAUGUCUUUACCAAUACCAAGAAGGGGUGCAGUUUCGGCGCCAUUAUACAUGGCCUGGCUGGAGGUGCUUACAAGGGAUAUGCCACCUACUAUUUUAGUCCGUGGAAAUCAAACUUCUGUGGUGACAGUCUACUCAUAAGCCACACAACUAGGUAUAAUUAUCUAUUAAAUGAUUAUAUGUACAUACUAAAUAAUUAAUAUAUGUAUAAUUACUGUCGUGCUCAAUAUAUU